GCAGCGUCGCGACGCUGGCGGGGGCGGGGCCGCGGCCGGUGGCGACCGUCGUGCGCGCGCCGGGAGUUGAGGAAAAAAUGUGCCUCAGCAAGUGCUGACAGACUUUGCAGAGACCUGUUUUACCAGGCAAGUGCCUCAGCUGGUCAGUUCUUAAGAGCUGUGAUGGCCAGUCACCAAGCGGAAGUUCAGAGUUUGAAGCUAGAUAAUGAUUCAGUUAUAGAAGGAAUAAGUGACCAGGUACUGGUGGCAGUUGUGCUCAGUUUCACUUUCAUUGCUGCUCUGGUAUAUACGCUUUUAAGAAAUGAACAUCAGAACAUACACCCAGAAAAUCAAGAGCUAGUGCGAGCUCUUCGUCAGCAGCUUCAAACUGAGCAGGAUGCUUCUGCUGGUGACAGACAUCGCUUCUAUACAGAUAUGUCCUGUCCAGUCUGUUUGCAACAGGCUACAUUUCCUAUAGAAACAAACUGUGGACACCUCUUCUGUGGUUCCUGUAUUAUUGCCUACUGGAGGUAUGGCUCAUGGCUUGGUGCCAUCCGUUGUCCAAUCUGCCGACAAACGGUAACACUGUUCUUACCACUCUUUGGUGAAGAUCAGCAGGGUGCAACCCAAGUACUUCAAGAUGUUAAUGAUUACAAUCGGCGAUUCUCAGGACAGCCCAGAUCUAUUAUGGAAAGAAUUAUGGAUCUGCCCACUUUAUUGCGGCAUGCUUUCAGAGAGAUGUUUUCUGUUGGUGGCCUCUUCUGGAUGUUUCGCAUCAGAAUAUUCCUCUGCUUGCUUGGAGCCUUGCUCUACCUGGCUUCACCUCUGGAUUUUCUUCCUGAAGCCCUCUUUGGAAUUCUGGGUUUCUUGGAUGAUUUCUUUGUUAUUUUUCUUCUGCUGAUCUAUAUCUCUAUCAUGUACCGAGAAGUGGUAACACAGCGGCUGAAUAGGUGAAAUGAACAAAAAUGUCCCAAAUGCAGAGGCAGUUGUGGAAGGUUUUAGAAAGAGAUCUGUAGCAUAAGUAUGAUUUAGCAAGGCACCUGUGUACAGUUUCAGUAGUUACACUUUCAUGACUGGUCAUCUUACACAAAUACGAAGGGUUAGUAUGUGGUGAUGCUUAACUGGAAUCUUUGUCUAUUAUGUAUGUUUCAUAAAGAUGAGGUUAGUUUAAAGAUGUAAUAAACUACCUUCAUCUACUUCCACCUGAUGAACAACUAUAAGUAAUCAAAGCAGAAGGCACCUCUUUUGGUGUGUGUUUUGUGAAAAAGGAGUCAUAGUAAAGGACUUCUAACAAGAAGUCCAUUUGGGUAAUCUAGACACAUAUAAGGAAAUUCAGAAAUUCUUCACAGCACAGUUACCAUACUAAAUCGUUUAAUAUCUCCAGGUUGUGGGCUAUAGUUUUUGAAAAUAAAAGUGGUUUUGUGUGUCUGUGUGGAAGAAGAAACCCAAGGACCACGUUACAGUUAUCACCCUGCAGUCUGCUGUUGUCCACAGGAUUCACAAAAACAAGGAGAACACCUCAGUAUUGCUUGAACUGCACUAUGUACAGUUGCAUGCAAUUUGUACAAUUUUAUUUUUAUAUUUGGGAAUAUGCACACAGUGUCUGAUCUAGAUAGGGAAAACAGUAUCAUGCAUGCCAGACUGGUUAGUGCUCUAAUAGGGGCGUGGUUUUUCUUUUCAGGCUUGUUCGUUUGGUAGGUAUGUAUGUGUAUUGAAAGCAGAGGUUUUACACUGCUUGGGUCAAUGCAAUGUAUCUGAACUGAGAGGUUUGCAUUCCUUUAGUUGCAUUAAAGCAUUUAGCCAAUGGAGAGAACCCUCAAAUCUUGGGUAGUGGUUGAAGGAAAGAACUGAACGUUUACACUACAGAACUUUACCAGAAUGUACAUCUGCAAUACAAAUAUUAAACAACUUAGAUAUUGGGGUGUUUAAUUUUCAGUUGGGAUUUGUUAGUGAUGGGUUUUUUGGUUGAUUUGCAUGUAGGUAGAGGGAAUUCUGAAUUAUCUUGAAAAAGUUCUGUGAUAAGGGACCACAAAAGAAUCCUGGAAAUGUUUUAAAAAAUACCAGGGUAUUAAUUAUCCUUGAAGUUGAUAUUUUUUUGUGUGUGUGAAUGUUAAUUUAGGCUAUCAUAGCUACAGAUGUAAGUUGGAAAUAUCUUCAUUUUAAGAAGUGAAUGCCACUAGAAACAUCAAGGAUAUGGUAGAUCUAUAUACUUCUUAGCUACAGGAAUGAUAAUUGCCAUUUUAUUUUAACUUCCUGAGUACUUGAAGGACAGUGAUUAGACAGAUGAUUCUUUGCGUGUCUGCAUGUAUGGGAUGAGACAAAAUAAAAGGGACCUUUUCACAACUGUCUUUUGCCCAUGCAAGAGUCUUUCCAUGGCUUUUAGCACCUAGGCAUGUGCAGGAAGACAAUAGAGCUAGCACCUGACAUGCCAGUCGUUGGGGCUGGAGAUUGUCCUUGAGUGUCAGUGCUUUAAGUGACACAUAAAAGUACAUUCGUUGACUUUUCAUUUGAAAAUUUGAUUUUGAAAAUCCAAAGACGUUUUACAAAUUAACUGGAAAGCUAAAUUUUCCUUGUUGCUGUUUGUUAGAGAUGGGCAAAAGGAGAAACAGGAAGUGAAACAAGGGUGGGAGGAGGAAAGCAAGACAGAAACUGGCAUUUUUGGAAGAAACUGCUGUUGGUUUUGGCAAACUAGCUGUUCUUGAGCAUCUUAGUUGAGCUUUUCCUUUUGUGUUGACAUAGCUAAUGUAUGGUGAUGGUUUAGUGGCUACCUCAGUUAAAAGUCAUUAAGGUAUUAUUGAGUAAGCGUGGGAUAUUCAUAAACUGUUAGGUACGUUUACAAAGCAAGAUAGUAGUUUAGGAUAUUUAGGUAAGACAGGAUUUCGCAGGUUUGCUGUAAGCAUUGUUUUGGGUUUUUUUCCCCAAGAUAUCCAGCUGAGUAAAUUUAACACCCCCAUUCCUCCUGGAGUUUAUCUUGUGGGUCUGCUUAGAGAAGAGUGUGAACUGGUGUUGGAGAACUGGAGUGUGUUCAUAGAAUUUGUUGCUCUAGUACCUCCUUCAUAUGUUUAUUCUAUGAUUUUGUUUAUACUUUUUUUUCCCAUGACUCUCUAAAUCCAGAGCGGAUAUAGAGGUACUUCAAGCUGCUUACAGAUGUUUUCAUUUAGCUCCCCAAUUCUACAUGCUACUGUGAAGUAAUGCAGAAAUACCCAUUUGAGGGGUCUGCUCCUGAAGAACAAACCGUGUGUACCUGAAAUGAUGUACAAACCACAUCUGAGUAGCUGUAUAAAGUUUACUUCUGUUCUGUUUCUUUCUUUGCUACAUUACAUGAGAGGCUUCUGCUUACUCUUGAAAAUUGAGUAACAUUGUAUGCUUAAAUUCAACACAUGAAAUGCUUGUGAGAAUUAGAACCAUCCUUCCUUUUCAUCAAUGUGCGUGCUUGCUUGUGGAGACUUUUUUUUUUGGUCCUGCAAGCCAGUGAUGAACAGUAUUAUAACUUGCUCAGGCCUUUUUGUGAACAGCUGUAACGUAAAGAUGCAUCUGUCCUGCAGCGUCUGGCUGCUGCUCCUUUACACAAAUCUCAACAAACCGUAAAUUAGCUAUCUUUGGUACUUAGCUUGAGCUUAACUUAAGUUGUGGAGCUCCCAAGAAGCUGGAGAUUAAUACAUGAGCACAUAGUAUUUCUGAACUGUGCACUGCCAAGUUGUUCUGGUAGCAGUGUUAAAGGUAAGUGCUACAGCUGAGCACUGGCUUCUGAAUGUGAAGGAAACACAUGAUGCUGUGUGGAGAGUGAGUGUAAACAUCACUGCAGUUUAGUCUUCUGGCAUGGGGCAGCUGUGACACUGAGGGGGAAGGAAAAAGGAAAAUUUCAGCAGCAAAGAAGAGGUACAGGGGGAAAUACUAUUCUUGAAAGAUUCUUAUGGCUUUACCAAAAACUCUGUGAAUGAUUGUUCCAGCAAUAUUAACAAAGGGAAAGCUAAAGUUAUACUUAAUAGCUCUUACAGAAUAACUUGUAGCAUCUUCAUGCCUAAUGAUCGUCCUUAUAACAAGUGCUGUGCAGAACAAUCUGUGUUGUUUGUGUCCCACAACACUAAUGUCUGUGAGGAUGAGGCAGAAUGGUGUGAUUUGGGGAUACAAUUUUGCCAUAGGUUUCAUAGAACUGUAGCAGUGACCUCUGUGUUACAAUAGAUUUUUAAGACAAAAAAGAUUUAAACCUACUUGUUACUUUUAACAAUAAUAAAUUGCUAUUAAAGUAA